AUGAGGGUUUCUGCAAUCAGACAAGUUUCUGUCAAGCUUCUCUUCAAGAACCUCAAAUUUAUUCGAUUUCAAUCCGUUCCAUCUCUUGCCCAUUUCAAUCCAUACUAUGCUGACUCGUUUUCAGAUGACUCAGAUUCAGAGGUUAUAAAGUCGGAAAAGGAGCAUUUCGGUUUUCAAGUGUUGGACUUGUUGGAGGCGAUAGUCAAGGGGAUCAAGUUCGAGCAACACAGUUCAUUAGGUCGGGCUAUUGAUGCUUUGAUUAAGGUAUAUGUUAGUUUAGACAUGUUUGAUGAGGCCAUUGAAGUAUUGUUCGAGACAAAAAGGUGUGGAGUUGGUCCGCAUUUGUGGUCUUGUAACUUUUUGAUUAAUAGAUUGGUUGAACACAGGAAAGUGGACACAGCUGUUGCAAUUUAUAAUGAGUUGAAGAAGUGUGGCCCGAACCCAAAUGUAUAUACCUAUGGGAUUGUGAUCAAGGCGUAUUGUAGUAAGGGUUGUUUUGAAGAAGCUGAUCGUGUGUUUAGGGAAAUGGGGGAAGCUGGGGUGACACCAGAUGUUAUGACAUACACUCCGUAUCUUGAAGGACUUUGUGAGCAUGGUUGGUCAGAUAUAGGUUAUGAAGUUUUACGAGAUCUGAAAGCUAAAAAUGUACCAAUCGACGUGCAUUGCUAUAGAGUUGUGAUUCAUGGGUUUGUUAAGGAAAAGAAGCUGAAAGAGGCAGAUUUUAUUUUAGUUGACAUGGAAGAGGAAGGACUAGUUCCUGAUAAAGAUUGUUAUCGUGCCUUAAUUCAAGGAUAUUGUGAGUCUGGGAAUACAGGCAAAGCUCAGGCUUACCACAAUGCGAUGGCAAUGAAGGGUGUAAAAACUGAUUGUGUGAUUGUCACCUUAAUCCUUCAGAGCUUGUGCCAAAAUGACAAGGCACCCAAGGCAGUAGACGAGUUCAAGCACUUUAAAAAAUUGGGUGUGUUUCUUGAUGAAAUUGCAUAUAAUGUGGUGAUUGAUGCCUUGUGCAAAAUUGGAAAUUUAAAUGAGGCUGUACAGUUGCUUGAUGAGAUGAAGGCUGAAAAGAUGGUUCCAGAUAUUAAGCACUACACCACUUUGAUUAAUGGCUAUUGUCUCCAAGGAAAAAUGUCUGAUGCUUUAAGUUUAUUUGAAGAAAUUACGGAAAAGGGUCCCAAGCCUGAUCUUAUUACUUAUAACGUACUUGUUGGGGGGUUCUCUAGGAGUGGUCUUGCAGAAUAUGCAUUUCUUCUUCUGGAUGAUAUGAAAGGACUAGGUUUGGUUCCAGGCACCGCAACGCACAACUUGAUAAUUGAAGGCUUAUGUUUGGGCAGAAAGGUGGAGGAAGCUGAAAUGUAUUUCAAUAGAUUGGAAAAUAAGAAUAUAGAAAACUAUUCUGCCAUGAUUAACGGGUACUGUGAAUCUGACAAUUCAACAAAGGCAUAUAAACUUUUCCUUAAGUUAUUCAAGGAAGGGCGCUGUGUGAAAAAGGCUUCUCGUUUGAAACUCCUUAACAGCCUCUGCUUGGAAGGUGAAUAUGACAAAGCUGUCAAACUAUUUGAGAUGGUGCUGUCCUUAAAUGACGGUCCUUGUAAGAAAAUGUAUGAUGGGCUUAUUGCUGCUCUUUGUUGUGCUGGUGAUGUGAAAAAUGCCCGAUUGACAUUUAACGAUAUGGUUUUGAGAGGAGUAUCUCCAGAUGUAAUUACCUACACCAUAUUAUUGAAUGGUUAUUGUAGGAUGAAUUGCCUGCACGAUGCCCGAAAUCUCUUUAAUGAUAUGAAGGAGAGGGGUAUUAGUCCGGACGUUAUUACUUUUACAGUAUUACUUGAUGGCUUUUCUAAAGGAAAUCGGAAAAUGGCCCGAUGUCGAACAGAUGCAAGAAAUAACAAGGAAGUGAAGCAGAUGGCUUCAGCCAUUUGGCGUGAAAUGGAGGAAAUGGGAUUAACACCUGAUGUCAUUAGCUACACAGUUUUAAUUGACAGUCACUGCAAAUCAGAUAACCUUCAAGAUGCCAUUGGCAUCUUUGAUGAAAUGAUUGAUAGAGGUUUAGCACCUGAUACUGUGACGUACACAGCCCUUCUAUGUGGCUAUUGCAAGCAGGGAUUUGUGGACAAGGCUAUAACUCUUGUAGAUAAUAUGUCAGCCAAAGGAAUACCGCCAGAUAGCCUUACCAUGUCAACGUUACACCAAGAGGAGAAAGAUGAACAGCCUAAUUACAUGGCAUCCUUAAUAUUCUUUUGCCUGAAUCAACCCCUACAACAUCAUAGGCCUGAUGCAGAAGGAAGAGAUCAGAUGGCGUCAUGCUUCCCCUCAGACUUCAAAUCUUUGUUCUCAGGGAUGCAAGGGCCAAAACCUGCAUUUAGCAGGGAUCACGACAGGGUUACUUUGAAGUCAUUAUAUCUACGAUGA